AUGAGCUCCUGGAAGCCGUUUUGGCUUGACGCUGGCGCACCGUGUGCCGUCCCGGCACGGGGUGCUGCAAUCAGGACCAUGAUCAAGUUCAUCCUGAUGGUGAACAAGCAGGGCCAGACCCGACUAGCACAGUACUACGAGUUUCUCAGUGUCCGUGAGAGAGUGACUCUAGAAGGCGAGCUCAUCCGUAAGUGCCUCUCCCGCAGCGAGAGCCAGUGCUCCUUCGUGGAGUACCGGGACUACCGCGUGGUAUACAGGAGAUACGCAUCUCUGUACUUUAUUGUCGGCAUUGACAACGACGAGGACUGCAACGAGCUAGCUAUCCUCGAAUUCAUCCACACCCUUGUCGAGACUCUCGACAAGUACUUCGAGAACGUCUGCGAGUUGGAUAUCAUGUCCAUCCCCCUCCCAGCAGGGUCCACCACAGCCCGGCACUGGCACCAGUCACUCGCUGAGCCGGCAGGCUUCGCACAGCUACUUCGACCAUCCAACGCCUCGGGCGACAAGGCGAAGGGAGUGGAUUUAAUUGCGUACGUGCCUUUGCCAGUGCCGUGUCUUGACAAAGAUCUCGUAGACUCCUUCGAACCUGAAGCGGAAGCCAUGAGGCUGCUUCUUUGGACUGCCAUGCUGGAAUCGUUGAGCUUGGGACAUUCAGCCACAAAUGCUGAAUGGGGACACAGCAUCAACAUGGCAGGGCUGCAGCGAACACUGAGCCAGAGGAUGUCGAAAGAAUUCCUCUUGAUUUCUCUUGGCAUUGACGGCAAUGUCAACAAGGAGACUUUCCAACGAAGUCUAGGCGAUGCAAUGCAGAUCCUCCAAGCAAAGCUGCAGCAGAGCGUUCAAGAUUUCAACUCAACACUCUAUGCGCUAAUACGGGGCGAUCCCCAGCAAGGUAUCGUCGCAGCACCCAAUGCGCGUGUGGCAGAGAACCUGCAGAAGGUCCUACGUCUUUGGGUGCCGUUCGAGAUUCUCCUAACCAGCAGUAUGGAUUCUGUUCGUUCCUUGGACGGCUCGAUCAACGUUCCCGUCCUGGAGGCCGUGUCCUCGCAGAAUGGGCCCUUGCUGGACGCCUCAAACGUAGUGGUUGGCGGGCUGGUCGACGCAGCAAAGGUCUCUGGCGCGUCCACGAACGGGCUGGUCCAAGACAUUGCUGGGCGACAGCGGACCUACAUCCAGAGUUUGUGCCUGAAGGCACUUCUGGUGAGCCAGGGUGUGUCCUUGGUCGAGAACAAGGCUUCUCUCAAAGAGACGAAGCUUCUGUUCGAAGCAUCACAUGCGGGCAUCAUCGAAGGUGUGCCAUUCGCAGGAGUGCCAGUGCUAACCAAUGUGUGCACUCUGCAUCAGAUGUCGGAGGUAACCUUCUACUAUUCGAAAGUACGGCCGCUGGUAAGCGAGAUCCUCAACGCCCACACAGUGCAGUCCAGCCAGGAUGUCGCCAUCUCUUCUAUAUGCAUGCACAUAAACGUGCAUAUAUAUAUAUAUAUACAUAUACACGCACAUCAUUUGUAG